AUGUCGUACAAAGUAAUUCCCGAUCGACGUUCAAGGUCGCCAUUGUGUAAAACAUGCUUCGUUUUCUUUACCAUGCCACAAGACAUCUCGACACCUGGCAGGCUGAUCAACAACCCUCACUCUCCCAGCAUCGCUAAGCUCCUAGCCUCAUCGCAGCUUACCAAAUGUGCGUUCUGCACACACAUUGUGCAACAAAUGAAAGAUGCGCGUAUCAAAUCUGACUUUCCAUUGACUUGUAACAUACAUAAAAGGCACGGGAAGCUCUCUAAACCGGUUUGGAGAGUCUCUACGACCUUGUCUAGCAACAUAUACGGAAAAUCCGUAGAUUAUGCACUGCUUCCCUUAGCAUAUGUCUGGAAGUCCGUGGAGUUUCGCAAGCAAGACAUUGUGUCUAAUGAGUAUGGGAUCAGCUACUCGACCGACACGGCGACUAGUCGCAAUCUAGUUCAAAGAUGGCAUCAUGAUUGUCAGCAAAAGCAUCAGACUUGCAAAUCCUCAAAGGACUGGGCCCCUACGAGACUAGUCAAGAUCUAUGAUACCCACUUCCGUGUCAUCACAAACAACGACCACCACUCCGAACCAUACCCCUACGUCGCUCUAAGCCACUGCUGGGGACGAGUCAAUAUUCUGAAGCUCACAUCAGCAACCAAAAGUGACCUCUUCCAAGGCACGCCUAUCUCAAGACUCCCUAAGACGUUUCGCGACGCAAUCACUGUAUGUCGCUGGCUGAAUUACUCGUAUAUCUGGAUAGACUCGCUCUGUAUUGUACAAGAUUCUCACGAAGAUUGGACGACCGAAGCACAUAUGAUGACGGAUGUCUAUGGAAACUCUGCGCUGACGAUUGUGGCUGCACACGCACGUGACGGUACAGAAGGUCUUUUCUGUAAUCGCAGCCCACUGGGAACUAAAGCACUUAUCAUUGACUGCUGCUGGGGGCCUACUGGAGCCCCCGAGCCGUACUGCCUUGUAGAUCAUCGCUUAUGGGUCAAUAGCGUUGAAGACAGUCACAUAUCCUCAAGAGCCUGGACAGUCCAAGAGCGCUUUCUGUCUACCAGGACUUUAUACUUCACAGACCAUCAGAUAUUCUACCGCUGCGCCACCCACGAAGUCUGCGAGUCUUUCCCAGCGGGUGAAACGCCUUCGCAACUUAUUGAGAAUACGCUCUACACUGCGGAGGUUUACUCAAGAGCGCGUCUUACAAAGGACACGGAUAAAGUCGUUGCUAUCGCUGGAAUAGCAGAGAACCUGCGCCCACUUUUGGGAGAUGAGUAUUUGGUUGGCUUAUGGAGGAGUAAUCUAGUCCAUGAACUGCUGUGGCGAUCGUCUUCAAAUGGUGGUGACCAGUCGAGACCGGAUCCAUGCCUCGCCCCAAGUUGGCCUUGGAUGUCAGUCAAGGGAGUUGGCGUGGACAUAAACUCCACGAUUUGCAGCUCAGGUUGCAGACACCAUUUGACCAUCGUACAUGCCUCAGUCGAUCUUGUUGAACCUUCGCGCCCAACUGGGGAUAUUCAGCAAGGUUCCGGAAUCCUUCAGGUUCGAGGUUCUCUCAAACAAGUGUACUGGUCCCCGCGGGACUAUUCCGAUAGAGAUUGGCGAAAAUAUCAAAUCACCUUUGAAAGCGGAGACAACGACGGGGGCUUAGGGUUGAGUAUCACACACCCAGAUUACCUUGAGGACUCUAUCACGGAUCGGAGACUCUUUUUGUUGCCUGUUCUAUCAACAGCAGAUGGGCAAAGUACUGAGUGUCUCGUUCUCACGCCAGUUAUCGAAAAGGCUAGAUUGUAUGAACGCGUGGGAUUGUAUAGUAUGAGUCGUGGUAAUGGAGGAGAUUGGUAUUUGUUCAGACAGAGGAAGUGGUGUCAAGGGGACGAUAGAAGUGUGCUAAUAUUGAGUUUAUUGCAUGAGAGAUUGUUCGAGAUGGAUAAUGUUUCUUAA